UUUGGGCCAAGUCCCACUCGGGAAAGGAAUCGCGAGGGGAGCCGUAGCAUGUCGGAAGAAGAAGAAGAAGCAGAAGGAGGACGAAGAGGAGGAGGAGGGGACCGGCCUCGCGAGGUAAAGGCGGCCUUGCCGUUGUCCCGAAAGCUCUGCUAUGCCAUAGGAGGUGCUCCCUACCAGCUCACAGGCAACGCCCUGGGCUUCUUCUUCCAAAUCUUCCUGCUGGACGUUGUGCAGCUUGAGCCAUUCCAUGCGUCGCUCAUCCUUUUCCUCGGGAGAGCCUGGGACGCCGUGGCGGAUCCUGUGGUUGGGGCCCUGGUCAGCAGGAGCCCUUGGCGGAGAUGGGGAAAACUGACCCCCUGGACUAUUUCGGCCAUGCCGUUUGGGGUCUUCUUCUACAUCAUGCUCUGGUUCAUCCCUUCCGAUUCCUUCUCGGCGUCGCUGAGGUUCUUUUGGCACCUGACCAUGUACUGCUUCUUCCAGACAUCGAUGAGUUGCUAUCAUGUUCCCUAUUCCUCGUUGACCAUGUUCCUGGGGGGCAGUCAGGCAGACCGGGACUCUGCUACAUCCUACCGGAUGGCUGUCGAAGUGCUGAGCACGCUUGUGGGGUCGAGCAUCCAGGGCCAAAUUGUGGGCGGCCACCAUAGCAUCAUGCGCAAAGGCUGCAGUGUGGACAACGGCACCCUUGGAAGCAACACCACGCUGCUCCUGGAAAACCUAGAGAAUACACGCAGGGCCUACCUGAUUGCCUCCUUUGUGCUCAGCUCCAUAUUUUGCUUCUCCUGCUUCGUCCUCGUCUUAGGAGUGAAAGAACAUCCAGAUCAGUCCAGCUCUUUGGAGAAGACCAGGCGCUCUUUCUUUGGCAAUCUGCGCAUGCUCCUGGGCCACAGACCUUACAACCGCCUCCUCUGUGGGUUCUUGCUGGCUUCGCUAGCUAUUCAGCUGAUCCAGGGAAUCUUUGCCCUCUUCUGCACUCAUGCAUCUGGAUUGGCUGGGCGGUUCCAACACCUUGUGCUUAUCAUGCUAGUGGUCACCUGCCUCUCUGUCCGCUUUUGGCAGUGCUUUCUGGAAAAGUUUGGGAAGAAGACAGCUGUCUUUGUUGGUCUGUCGCCGAUCAUCCCGUCCCUUGUUGUUAUCUCCGCCGGGAGCUACAGUUUCCUGCUCUACGUCUUCCUGGUCGCCAUGGCAGGAAGCAGUCUGGCCGUUCUGUACUUGUUGCCAUGGUCCAUGCUUCCAGAUGCGGUGGAUGAUUUCAAGCUGAGGAACCCAGCCUGCCUCGACCCUGAACCUCUUUUUUAUUCAUUUUACGUUUUCAUCAACAAGUUCGCAGGUGGACUUUCUCUUGGGAUUUCCACCAUGAGCUUACACUUUGCAGGUUACAGAGCCGCUGACUGCAUUCCCAGCCCUGGAGUUGUGCUCACGUUGCGGAUACUCAUGGGUCCUGUCCCCAUUGCUCUGUUGCUCCUGGCCAUGGCUGUGUUCUCUUCCUACCCCAUCAAUGAAGAGAGGAGGAAAGAGAUGAAAAGGGAAAAGGAGCAUCAACUUGGAAUGAACGCACUGAAUCAAAAGCAAUCUAAUCUCCAAAGAGAAGAAAGAUGCCCUUGGCUUCUGGCUGGGAAGAGAAAUUUGGACCAUUAUGACUCUGACCUGAUAGAGAUUUUAGCACUACAUGAGGCAAUAACUCACUUUCAGUAAAAACAACAACAACAACAACAACAACAACAAAAACCUCUCUUAACUUGGAAGGAGAUACCAAAGAUCUGGAUUCUACAAUGCUCACUGUAUUUUGACUCUCAUAUGGGGUCAAGCUUCUCCUUGCUGUGCUAAGGAUAUAAGAAGCUGCUGUGUUCAAGGAGGGCUUUAUCACACCAGUUUGUUGUCCCACAUCAAUUGCGUUAUAUCAACAAAUGGACUACAAGCUCUUGCCUUUUGCUAUUCUGAUCAGAGGAUGGGAUGAUUUCCUUUUUGAUGAGAGAAGGUACAGUACUGACACAGACUUGUGGCUCAAUCAAACUAUCAAAACUUUAUUACAGUCCAAAGACCCAAUUUGCUCAGCGGUAAAAGAUGCACAAAUGCAAAGAUUCAUAAACUAAUAAAUAGACCCAAGUUUUUUGGGUUGAUUUUUGACUACGAUUUGUAGACUUAUACACAAGUAUAUAGAGUAGUUGCUGGGAAAUACAGAGGAAGGGUAUAGUUGCAUCCAUGGGCUACUGGUGGUCUUCCCAUAGGCAAUUGGUUGGCCAGUGUGAACAUAAAUGUUGGAUUAUAGUCCUUUGGUCUGAUUCAACACAA